AAAACAUUUUGAAAUCCUAGAAAACUUUUAUAUAUUUAAAACACAAAAAAUUCCCUAAAAUAUAUUUUUAUCUUUCCAGUAGAACAAAUUAAAUCAUAUAUUAAUUUGCAAAAAGUGUUUUAACGAUAAAAAUAUAAUUUCUCAUUUUUGUAGAAAAAUCGAACAGCUAAAAAGGCAAAGAAACAAGAAGAAGAGCGGAAAAAAAUAAUACGACGUGAAAGAAACAAAAGAAGUAGCAACAAAAAACGCCCUAUAAGUAAAAUAAACGUGCAAAAAAGAGAUCGAUAUACAUAUUUAAGACGAAUAAGAAAUAAGUGAGAAUAAAAUUGAAGAAGAAGUUAUCUUCUUGUGAAUGUGUGUAGAUUGCUGUGAAGAGUGAAAAAUGGCGAAUCAAUCCACCGGUGUUGUGGUUCCAAGAAAUUUCCGUUUAUUGGAAGAAUUAGAUCAAGGUCAGAAAGGUGUUGGCGAUGGCACUAUAUCAUGGGGCCUUGAAAAUGAUGAUGACAUGACUCUUACAUAUUGGAUCGGUAUGAUCAUUGGCCCUCCUCGUACACCUUUUGAAAAUAGAAUGUAUUCGUUAAAGAUUGAUUGCGGUGAACGUUAUCCUGACGAACCUCCUACGAUAAAAUUUUUAACAAAAAUUAAUAUUAAUUGUAUUAAUCAAAACGGUGUGGUUGAUUCAAGACUAGUACCCAUGUUGUCACGAUGGAAUCGUGAAUAUACUAUUAAGUCCUUGUUACAGGAGAUACGUCGAAUUAUGACUUGUAAGGAAAAUCUUAAAUUGGCGCAACCACCAGAAGGCAGCUGUUUUUAGUUGAUCACAACUGCAAAGCAUUUACAAUGACGUCAACAACAACAACAACAAUAAAGGAAACAACAACUGCAACAACAAUAAAAAAAGAACAACACAUAAUUAAAAAUUUAAACUGCACUAUCAAAAAGCAACAAU